UUCAAGUUCCGCAACUGCAGGUAUUGAAAAUGCUCCGCCGCUACGCUAUCCACAAUCUCCGCCGUAACGGUUUCGUUUACUCCACCGUAACCGCCAUGGUGCCCCACCCCAAGGACGAUGACUAUAGGGACGCCGCCAUUCCGAAGCUUAUCAGGAUGUUCGAGUCCCGUCGUUUCUUUUAUUCCACCGUAACCGCCAUGGUGCCCCACCCCAAGGACGAUUAUUUGAACGCCGCCAUUCCGAAGCGUAUCAAGAUGUUCGAGUCCAUCCAGGCCGAGCAGAAAACCCAGCGCCUCUCACUGUCGCCGGAUCCAAUCAAGGUCACACUUCCCGACGGCACGGUCAAGGACGCCGCCAAGUGGCAAACGACGCCGUUCGAUGUGGCGAAAGAGAUUUCGAAGAACCUCGCCAACAACGCACUCAUCGCGAGGGUCAAUGGCGUGCUAUGGGACAUGGCCAGGCCUCUCGAGCAGGAUUGCGAACUCAGGAUCUACAAGUUCGAAGACGACGAAGGCCGAGACACUUUCUGGCACUCUAGUGCUCUCAUUCUUGGCCAGUCGCUUGAGAUGGAGUACGGAUGCAAGCUCUGCAUUGGGCUUUGUACUACAAGAGGAGAGGGUUUCUAUUAUGAUGCGUUUUAUGGUGACUUGGGAUUGAAUGAUGAUCAUUUCAAGCAAAUUGAGGCUCGGGCGUUGAAGGCAGUUGGGGAAAAACAACCUUUUGAGCGCAUUGAAGUAACACGUGAUCAAGCACUUGAGAUGUUUUCAGAUAAUGAGUUCAAGGUUGAAAUUAUCAAUGAUUUGCCUGCUGAUAAAACCAUCACAGUAUACAGAUGUGGUUCACUAGUAGAUCUGUCUCGUGGACCACAUAUACCCAAUAAUUCCUUUGUUAAGGCAAUUGCCUGUUUGAAGGCUUCUUCAGCAUAUUGGAGGGGGAACAAAGCUCGGCCUACUUUACAAAGAGUUUAUGGCAUAUCUUAUCCUGAUCAGGAGAGUUUAAAGGAAUAUUUGCUUAAGCUGGAGGAGGCUAAAAAGUAUGAUUACAGGAAUUUCGGAGUGGAACAGGAGCUUCUUUCUCAUCAUGAAUCGAGCCCAAGAGGCUGGUUUUUCCUUCCACGUGGUGCACUGGUAUACGAGGAAUUGAUGAAUUUCAUUAGCAGUCAAUACGAAGUCAGGGGCUAUGAAGAGGUCAUAACUCCAGAUCUAUUUUGCUUUGAUAUUAAAAAGCACAAAUUUGGGCUGAAAGCAAUCUGGCGCUGCUCGGUCUUCAAGCAUAGAGCUCGCUCGUACAGUGAACUUCCUCUUCGCAUGGCUGAGUUUGGGCCUGGGGGCUUGUAUAGAAAUGAGGCUAGUGAUGAUUUGAGUGAGUUGAAGCAUCGUAGGAUAUUUGAGAAGGAUGAUGCACAUAUUUUUUGCAGGGAGUCUCAGAUAAAGGAUGAAGUUAGAGAAGCCUUGAAGUUCAUCGAUUAUGUCUAUGAAAUAUUUGGUUUCACAUACGAUCUCAAGCUUUCAACAAGGCCAGAGAAUUCCUUCGGAGAAACAGCAACAUGGGAGAAAGCUGAAAGUGCCCUUAAGGAAGCUCUGGAUGAAUUUGGGAAGCCUUGGCAGCUGAAUGAAGGGGAUGGUGCAUUAUAUGGACCAAAGAUUGAUAUCAAAGUAUCUGAUGCAUUGAGUAGGAAAUUUCAGUGUGCAACUUUGCAGCUUAAUUUCCAACUACCUAAUUGUUUUAAGUUGGAAUACUUGGCUGAGGAUGAAGCUAAGAUUGAGAGGCCUGUCAUGAUACACAUGGCCAUUCUAGGAUCUGUUAAGCGCUUGUUUAACAUACUUUUAGGGCACUACAAGGGUAAAUGGCCCUUCUGGCUAAGUCCUCGUCAAGCAAUUGUUUGCCCUGUGUCGAAGAAAUCACAAGCUUAUGCAAAGAAGGUGAAAGAUGAAAUCUACAGCAAAGGGUUUCUUGUUGAUGCUGAUUUAAGAUAUAGGAAAAUUGAAAAGAAGGUGCGAGAGGCUCAGCUAGCACAGUACAACUACAUCUUGGUUGUUGGAGAGCAGGAAGCAGAAACUGGACAGGUGAGCGUGCGGGUAAGAGAUAAGGAGGAUCUUACCACUAUGAGUAUCGAGGGCUUGCUCGAACGGUUCAGCGAAGAUGCAAAAAAUUUUCGUUGAGCUACCUUUAGUAACAUGAAUAUUGCUUUCACUUAUCAGCUAAAUUUGUUAAGGGUGGUCCUCCAUGCCAUUAGUAACAUGUACAGUACUACGUCUACAUGGUACUUUUAGAUGCUAAAUCUCGUGAUUUUCACUAUAGUAAAUUCAAGUGAUUUAAUAUCAUAUCAAUAUGUAUCGAUACUUGUAGUUUCAUUUAUCUAAGACAAAAAAUAUUAUGUA